AUCGUGGAGAUGACUAUGGAGUUUCAACAGUUAGUUCCCACUAUCGUUUCCUUCAUCAACAGAUUCUUGGGCUGUAAUAAGCAUUGUUGGUUGGGAGAGCGACUGCUGCAGACUCUAGAUAAGCAUUUGCUUCCAAAAGUCAGUGUAGAUUAUAAACUAGUCGCCUACUUUGCGAUAUUUGAUAAAAUUGCUGAAAAUGUCGCGAUCCCCCCUCGUGGACUUCUAGAAGUUCUUUCCAACUUAGUCGUCUUCCUUGUCAAGAAUCAUGGUCCUGACACUGGCCUAAGAUCUUGGUCACAAGGAAUUAAGGUUCUUGGAAUAUGUAGGACAAUGAUGAUGCAUCACCACAGUUCUAGAUUGUUCCUCAGAUUAUCUCGUCUCCUUGCAUUUACCUGCCUUUACUUUCCUGAUUUGGAGGUUCGCGAUAAUGCAAGGAUCUAUCUAAGAAUGUUGGUAUGUGUACCUGGUAAGAAGCUCAGAGAACUGCUGAAACUUGGGGAGAUGCUACCUACCAUGGCUCCAUCUGGAGAAUCUGACACAUUUUCAAUGAAAUCUAGAAAUAUCUCUGCUUACGUACACCUUGAGCGUGUGGUACCUUUACUUGUAAAGCAAUCGUGGUCAUUGGCUUUGGCUAAUUUGGGAUUUGGGAAUGCAAAUGCUGAUUCUGCAAAAGGCAUUAUAGAUAGCGAACCAAAAUCUGAUGACGCAGUGAUUGGUAUUGCUUCUGAUGAACCAAUUUCUUCAGAAAGCUUAAACGUUGAACGACAGCUGGAGCCACUCACGAGUUAUGGAUGCCAAGAUUUCGGAAAUGUUAGGAAAUCUGAGGAGGCAUUUCUCAAGUAUUCUGAUUUUAGACAUAUGCCAGGGAUUAAGGUCAAAAUUUUAUGCUCUUUGAGAUUUGAAUCUGAUCCCUUCAGUCGAACUUGGGGAUUUAGUCCUCCUUCAGAUAAUCCUAAUGCAGCAGAUGCUCUUCCUGCAAUAUAUGCGACCGUGCUCAGAUUUUCUUCUUCAGCGCCAUAUGGGUCUAUUCCAUUAUAUCGGAUACCAUUCCUUCUUGGAGAGCCUCCAAAGAAAAGUGAUUCUUCUGUCCAUAAAGUUAACUCAGACAUUCAUGCCAUAGAAAAUGGUGCCCAUGAAGAUGAUAGCUUUAGAGCUUCAGUUACAAUAGAAUUAGAACCUCUAGAACCGACUCCUGGGAUGGUGGAUGUUUUUCUUGAAACAAAUUCAGGAAAUGGUCAUAUCAUUCGGGGACAGCUGCAUGGCAUCUCUGUGGGCAUAGAAGACAUGUUUCUCAAAGCUAUUAUCCCAUCAGACAUCCCCGGCAGCUCAGUUCCUCUUUAUUACUCUGACCUGUUCACAUCCCUCUGGGAGGCAUGUGAUGGCACUUCCAGCUUUGGAAGGGAGACCUUUCCUCUGAAAGGAGGUAAAGGCGUUGCUGCAAUCAGUGGAACCCGAUCAGUCAAGCUACUGGAGGUUUCUGCAUCCUCUGUGAUCCAAUCCACCGAACGGUACCUCGCUCCUUUUGUUGUGAAAGUAACGGGUGAACCCCUUUCAGAUAUUGUGAAGGACGGUGGAGUUAUGAAAGAUAUCAUCUGGAAGGAUUCUGUUCCAGAUAUCUCCGAUGAUGCUACCCUUGCAGGUGCCAAUUUUGAGGGUCCACUUCAACUCAAGUACACUGAUGCGGAGGAUGACAUGGAAACCUAUGCCAACUAUACCAGCAGAAACAUGGGUUGCAUCCAUAUUCUCAUAUUUCUUCCACCAAGGUACCACCUUCUUUUGCAAAUGGAAGUAUCCGAUGCUUCAACUUUGGUUAGAAUAAGAACUGAUCAUUGGCCAUGCCUAGCUUACAUUGAUGAUUAUUUGGAAGCUCUCUAUUUGGCGUAG